AGAGAGCCGGUCCAGCGUGGGGAUCCUCAUCCUCCCUCCAUGCAACGUACCUGUCCUAGGCUGCAGACCCACAUUCUUGGGGAACCCUCUUCUCAGGGACCGGUCCAGACUGGGUUGCCUCUGUUCCCUGCCGCUGCCGCUGCUGCGCCUGCCUUGCUGCGAUCCCACCAGUACCAUGGAGGAAUUCUCCCCUUGCCCGCCCGCUCUGGGCGACUUUGACUCCGGAAUAUCUGGUCUGGCGCCUUUUGGGUGAGCUCAGAGAGGAACCGGUCUCCUUACCGGUCCGAGAUUACCCGAGGAAAAGAAGAUCCCCUAGUCCCAGAGCUGCAGAUCGAUUUUUUCGUCAGCUUCUUCGUCCUCCGCCCCUUCCUCCUUGUCUCUGGGUUUGUUUAUAUAGCAUCUGGCAGACGGGGGACAGUGGCCACCCUCGCCUGGCGGCUCGCCCUCCCCUCCUGGCCUCUAGGCUCCCGCACGUGGUAGGCACCAAUAUCGUUGCCAGCAGGCAAGCUACAGCCAGCGGGAGGCGGACGCCUGGGUGCCAGCGCCACGCGCGUUCUCGCCAUCCCUCACUCAUCCUCCGCGCGCCCUCUCCCACUUGUCUCUAAAGCCGGGUCACACUUGGCAUUUGCUGCCAGCCAUCCGUCCCUUGACGUGAAGAGGAGAUCGGAAAGGAAAUACUGCCCUGGAGGUGCUGGUGAUGCUUCGCUGGGUUCGCUCAGUUGCUGGAAAAGAAUGGUAACAUGAACAGUGGAGCGUGAGAGCGUCGGCAGAGGAAGGGGACGAGAUUGAUGGGCGGAGAGCACACUUCUCUGAGGAUCUCCUUCCCUGGACUGCACGAGGAAGGGUCAUCUUUGCUCCUGCACUUCCUGGCAGGACUCAGCCGACAUCUGUAGCCUCCUUUCACCAGGUUCCCAGGUCCCCUAGAUGCUGCCUGCCGAGGAGUGGUCUGACAGCGCAUGAGGAUUCAGGAGUUUGUGAACCCUUAUUCAAACAUAGUUCUGACCUGGCUAUGGUGGUCCUGAAUCCUGCCUGGCAAGCUGGCUCCAGAGGGAGUUGAACUUGAGUUCAGAUGGCCAACUCCCUCUGAACCCUGCAGAUUGGUGCUGAGCAGGCAACAAAAGUUUGUAGCUUCCCCUCAGGUUCUGGUGCUUCCCAGGAGACAAGAAAGGACUUUCCCAUUACACACAAGAAGCAGACAGAGAGACUUCUCUAACUUUUCUCCACUGUGAGCAUUUGCCAUGAAGAGGAAACAGAAGAGGUUUCUGCAGAUGACUUUGUUAUUCACCGUGGCUUUAAUUUUCCUGCCCAAUAUUGGUCUUUGGUCUUUAUACAAGGAUAAACACCUGGUGAAAUCUGCAGAAGCUGUGGACCAUCAGACGUUUCCACUGGGCCUGGGAGAUGGGCAGAUCUAUCCGUGGACAGAUGGUCUGAGAAGGAAAGACUGGCAUGACUACGAAAGCAUUCAGAAAGAGGCUUUGCGCUCAGGGAAAGGUGAACAUGGAAAACCAUACCCCCUUACUGAAGAAUACCAGGAUGACUCAGCUUACAGGGAAAACGGCUUCAAUAUUUUUGUCAGCAACAAAAUUGCUUUAGAGAGGUCUCUGCCAGAUAUCCGUCACGCUAACUGUAAGCACAAGAUGUACCUUGAAAGGCUGCCAAACACCAGCAUCAUUAUCCCAUUCCACAACGAAGGCUGGACCUCUCUCCUGCGGACCAUACACAGUAUAAUUAACCGAACCCCGGAGAGUCUGAUAGAGGAAAUCAUUCUAGUCGACGACUUCAGUGAUAGAGAACACUUGAAGGAGAAGUUAGAAGAUUACAUGGCUCGGUUUUCCAAAGUGAGAAUUGUUCGCACCAAGAAAAGGGAAGGACUCAUCCGGACCCGACUCCUGGGAGCUUCUGUGGCCAGAGGCGAGGUGCUGACCUUCCUGGACUCCCACUGUGAGGUCAAUGUGAACUGGCUGCCCCCGCUCCUCAACCAAAUUGCACUAAACCACAAAACCAUCGUGUGUCCCAUGAUCGAUGUCAUCGACCACAAUCACUUUGGGUAUGAGGCACAAGCUGGGGAUGCCAUGCGAGGAGCCUUCGACUGGGAGAUGUACUACAAAAGAAUCCCCAUCCCUCCAGAGCUCCAGAGGGCUGAUCCCAGCGACCCUUUUGAGUCUCCUGUUAUGGCUGGAGGUCUCUUCGCAGUGGAUCGAAAGUGGUUUUGGGAACUGGGUGGCUACGACCCAGGCUUAGAGAUCUGGGGAGGCGAGCAGUAUGAAAUCUCUUUUAAGGUUUGGAUGUGUGGAGGAGAAAUGUUUGACGUUCCAUGCUCUAGAGUCGGCCAUAUCUACAGGAAGUAUGUCCCUUACAAAGUUCCUUCUGGGACCAGCCUGGCACGAAACCUGAAGCGUGUGGCUGAGACCUGGAUGGAUGAAUUCGCCGAGUAUAUUUACCAGCGGCGGCCAGAGUACAGGCACCUCUCCACCGGGGACAUCUCCUCGCAGAAGGAGCUGCGCAAGAGACUCAAGUGCAAAGACUUCAAAUGGUUCAUGGCUGCCGUGGCCUGGGACGUGCCUAAAUACUACCCUCCGGUAGAGCCCCUGCCUGCGGCGUGGGGGGAGAUUCGGAGCCUGGCAGCAAACUUAUGUGUGGACAGCAAGCAUGGAGCCACGGGGACGGAGCUGAGGCUGGACGUCUGUGUCAAAGAUGGUUCCGAAAGGACGUGGUCUCAUGAGCAGCUCUUUACUUUCGGGUGGAGAGAAGAUAUCCGACCCGGCGAGCCUCUGCACACCCGAAAAUUCUGCUUCGAUGCCAUCUCACACAGCAGCCCGGUCACCCUCUAUGACUGUCACGGCAUGAAAGGGAACCAGCUCUGGGGAUACCGGAAGGACAGAACACUAUUUCAUCCUGUAAGCAACAGCUGCAUGGACUGCAACCCUGCAGAGAAAAAGAUUUUCAUGGCCAGAUGUGACCCUCUCUCUGAGACUCAGCAAUGGAUUUUUGAACAUAUCAACAUGACUAUUUUAGAAAAAAAUAGCUACCCUGCCAGCUCCUAGAAAGGAAAGAAGAGCGAUCACCUACAGAUUGGGAACUGUGUUGUAGCGGGCGCCUGGGUCAAAGGAGUCAGGAAUAAUGUUUCCUAGAUCUAGGAAGCCUGCUCGAAAGAUGUGUAAAUGCCAUGUCAACGUAGGCUGUUCGGGAGGAGUUCCUACAUCUGAAGAACUUGGCUGAGAACCCCACCAGCUGCUGCUGAGAACUGGAGACUAGCAGUUCCCUUGCUGGCCAAGGGUAAAGAUUAUUUAGGGACUGUUCGCCACGACUGCUGAGUUAAUCGAUCCUAGCAUUUCUCAGGUCAAAUCCUGCAGUAGUGAGUAGCUAUGAAUGGAUCCUAUUAAUCGGGUGGGAGGGGGGCGGAAACAGAGCGCAUGACUGCUCUGGCAACCUGAGGCUACCACAGGCCUAGAACUAGCCACGCUUGAGGGGUGAGCUCUUUGGUGCCAUUCUCUGACGAGGAAUGGGUUAAGCAGGUUUAACCCUCUAAAGUGCUGCAGAUGAUUUUAGAGUGCUCAUACCAUUCUCUUUUCUUUUGUCUUCUCUUCGCACAAGGGUACACGGCAUCUGAGACGCACAUCCCAUGUUCUCAUUCACACCUGCCAUUCUCCUUUCAGGGCCUUUACUCUCUGUCAUGCUUCAGAGGAGUCCAUGUUCCACCAAUCAGAUGGCGUUCUAAUUCAGCAUCCUUGGAUGAAUCCAGUUAAAGACAAAAACAAACAACAAAAAAGCGCCACUCUGCUACCCAGUUACUCCAAACAAAGAUUCACAGAAGCAGCAAAACAACAUACACGCGUGCACACACACAGGUUAGGGAAGAAAUUUCUCUAGGAAAUCUAUUUUUACUUUUCUAUUAUUUUUAAAUUUUAAAAAGUCUGAUGUCUGUCCAGUUGUAACUUUGAUUAAAGAAGGCAUUGCAGUGGGGUUGAGUUGGUCUUAAAUAAAUCUUCACUCCAAGUGAUGUGGAAAUGGCUUCAUUCACUUCAGUUUUGUUGAAUCUGGCAAUUUAAAAAGUGGUAUUAUUUAAGUGUUAGUUUUUAAUCUCCCCCGUUCUUGAAAAUAAUGAUGUUGUCUCAUUUGAAAGUCCAGGAAAGGAAUUUCUAUUAAUUUUCUAUUUUCUAUUAGUGGGCAGUAUUUCAGGAGUGUGGAAAAAAAGAAAUAAGUUCAAAAUUAACAUGCUCUAGAUGUUUUGGGUGCAGGGUGUUCUUACCUUUAUUUUUAUUAUUUUUAAUAUAGUUUCCUUGUUAAUAAAAAAUAUAUAUGUCAAGAUGAUCUAUAUAUUGGGGGCAUAGAUCACUAAAAUCCGGUGUCUUUACCAACUUCUUUUUUUCAAGCAUUCUUUUCAAAAAGCUGUUUCUUUUAAAACUGUCUGCCACUGAGAUCUUUUGUAUAGGUCAAGUCAUCUUGUAAUAGUCAAGAUGCAUAGCGGAGAAAAUCAAUAGUGAGAAAUUAACCUGUGUGUUGAACACUUCUAAGGAGUGGGUGAAGAUUUAUCUCAAAUGUUCAGAGAGCAAUCUGGCUGGAGAAUUAGACGAGCCUAUAAAAAUUCACAUUAUGUCAUUAGACAGUUGGCUGCUAUUUACAAUCGGACCAAAGAGACAACCUUGGGUUGCUCAGCCUGGAAAGCCCAGCUUUGUCAUAAUCUCUUAGGAUGUUAAGUCAUGGCUGGCCAGCUAGGGCCUACCCUAAGUAUUGCAGCAUUUUCAUGGGAUACACAGUGAUCCAUCAAGAUUGGUCUCUUACUCUCUGAAUAAAAGAUUAUUUAAAAAAAAAGAAAUUAUUUUUUUCUCUAAAUAAACAAACAAAAAGGAAGCUUGGGACAUUAAAUGCAACUGCCAACUAUGGAACAAUCAUUGAUGGUGUGCACUCGGGGAGCAUACAAAUGGAGUCUGGAGAGUCUGCCCCUGAGCAGGAGGGUAGAGUACUGCCCAGAAAAGCACAUUGAGAGAGGCAUUCCCUGUGCCCCUCAAGGUCGGAAGUCUACUUGCUUGAAAUACAAUCUGAAAAGCAUUAAACAGCAUAUGUUUGCACUUUCAGUUAGCAGGAGGCACUGAAUAGUCCUCAGGAAGGCGACUGUUCCUGGAAAUAAAAUUCUUUGAGAACUUGAGAGUUGAGUCCUCACACCAAUUCUUUUAUCAAGAUGGGGUUGAUAUCAAGUUGGUGUGGUCAACAAAAAUAGCUGUUUCUCCAUCGUAAGAGUAGUUCUGAGAGAAAGAAGAAAAUAAUUAAUUUUUUUGAAACCCCCUUUGUGUAUUUACAGGGGAAAAACAAAACCUAUGCUAUAAAACAAUCGGGACUUAACUGUGUGGUUCAUGCCUUUUCAAGGCUGGAUGAGUACCUUGGCAAUACUAAUGUACCGGCUUAUAUGUCUACUGUAAUUUACUUAUAUGACUAUGAUCACAUGACUGUUUUUAAAUGUAGUCAUUCUAUCAGAAGCCUCAGUGAAUAAUGGAAGUUCCAGGACUAUUUUGUGAAUUGAUAACAUAGAACUUUAUACAAUAAAUGAAUAACACAUAAUACAAACGGACUCACAGUCAAUGAAAAAGAAGUGAUAGGCCCGUUAUUUUCUACAUUUCUUAAAAGCCAUGAGACCAAUAUCAACCUGACACCAUUUCUUUUAGUAGCGAUUAUAUGUUUUAAAAGAAGAUAGCUGUCAAAUUAUAAGUAUGUUCCUUAUCUUCACAUGGAAA